GCGGCAGCUGUGGUCAAAACAGACACGGCGCAGCACACACUGGCGGUACACCUGCUGCAGGUCCGUGCGGGGGGUGUAGCUUGUUAGUGUGCGUCACACCUGCGCCGAGGCAGCGGCUGGAGUCUCCAGAGGCCGCUGAAGACGAGCGAGUCAUGGACGACGACGAACACCACCCGGAGCUGGAGAACAUGGCGCGCUUGGGUGUGCCGGGCGAGGAGCCACGCCGGCGGCGCAGCAGCAGCCCGCGCCUGCUGGACCGCGUGCAGCUGUUCGACCGCGUGGCGCAGGAGCACGCCGAGUCGCAGGCCACCAACCCCUUCUCCGACCACUUCCAGGGCCGCGUCUCGCCUCGGCCCGACGACCCCGACUACGGCAAGCCGAAGGCUGGGUCCAAGACGGAGCUGCGAGGCAAGAAGGCGUCAUCGCAGGUGCACAAGGAGAUGCUGGAGCUGUGCACCAUCAUCAGCGAGCACGGCGAGCCGCUGGAGGGCGGCGGCGCCGUCAUCUUGUUCGGCGAGCUCUUCCAGCUACUUAGAAGUGCAAUCAUGAACCACAAAAACGCUAACUGGACAGAGAAAGAGGAAACAAAUGAGGUCAAUGUUUACUCAUCAAGUGUGAAAAUGAAACAAGACUUGGAUGAGGAUGUGAAUCAAGAGUUUGUUGAAGAUCCGCUAAUGACUGAAAAUCCUAGUCUGAAAAUAAAGCAAGACCCAGACUUGAAACACAAUGUCAGUGGCUCUGGACAUGAUAAUUCUAUGAAUGUGCAUCUCAGCACCAUACUGGAAGCCAAGAGAGAAUGCUACAAACCACUCCCACUGUACACACUGGUGCCCAAGAAGGAGCUGCUUCUUGGCGAUCCAUUGGGAAUCUCUUGGCCCACUGAUUAUAUCAAGGAGGAUCCCAAACUUAAUUUAGAAGUGGAUGAAACCGAGAAUAUUGUAAGCAUUCACUUUUCUGAUUUUGCAUGUUGUUAA